AUGGCAGCGCCAGGUAAGAAUUAAAGUGGAGUAGAGUGGGUCCAACCUUACAAAAAUAGAGUGCUCUGAUAAACAGAAAACAACAGAUCACUGCUAGGAUUUAUCAUUCUAGGGCUGCCCUCGAAUAUAUGCAUGGUUCAUAAACCCAGCAGUUCUAUCCACCGUAUCCCCGAGCUAUAGCCAGCUGGUAUGAUAAACCCAGCGGUUCUAUUCACUGUAUCCCCGAGCUAUAGCCAGCUGGUAUGAUAAACCCAGCGGUUCUAUUCACUGUAUCCCCGAGCUAUAGCCAGCUGCUAUGAUAAACCCAGCGGUUCUAUUCACCGUAUCCCCGAGCUAUAGCCAGCUGCUAUGAUAAACCCAGCGGUUCUAUUCACCGUAUCCCCGAGCUAUAGCCAGCUGGUAUGAUAAACCCAGCGGUUCUAUUCACCGUAUCCCCGAGCUAUAGCCAGCUGGUAUGAUAAACCCAGCGGUUCUAUUCACCGUAUCCCCGAGCUAUAGCCAGCUGGUAUGAUAAACCCAGCGGUUCUAUUCACCGUAUCCCCGAGCUAUAGCCAGCUGUAUGAUAAACCCAGCGGUUCUAUUCACCGUAUCCCCGAGCUAUAGCCAGCUGGUAUGAUAAACCCAGCAGUUCUAUUCACCGUAUCCCCGAGCUAUAGCCAGCUGGUAUGAUAAACCCAGCAGUUCUAUUCACCGUAUCCCCGAGCUAUAGCCAGCUGGUAUGAUAAACCCAGCAGUUCUAUUCACCGUAUCCCCGAGCUAUAGCCAGCUGGUAUGAUAAACCCAGCAGUUCUAUUCACCGUAUCCCCGAGCUAUAGACAGCUGGUAGAAUAAACCCGGCAGUUCUAUUCACUGUAUCCCUGAGCUAUAGCCGGCUGGUAGAAUAAACCCGGCAGUUCCAUUCACUAUACCCCUGAGCUAUAGCCUGCUGGUAGAAUAAACCCAGCAGUUCUAUUCACUGUAUCCCUGAGCUAUAGCCGGCUGGUAGAAUAAACCCAGCAGUUCUAUUCACUGUAUCCCUGAGCUAUAGCCAGUUGGUAUGAUAAACCUAGCAGUUCCUUUCUACCUUCUGGUAGAAUAAACCCAGCAGUUCUAUUCACUGUAUCCCUGAGCUAUAGCCGGCUGGUAGAAUAAACCCGGCAGUUCUAUUCACUAUAUCCCUGAGCUAUAGCCUGCUAGUAGAAUAAACCCGGCAGUUCUAUUCACUGUAUUCCCGAGCUAUAGCCGGCUGGUAGAAUAAACCUGGCAGUUCUAUUCACUGUAUCUCCGAGCUAUAGCCGGUUGGUAGAAUAAACCCAGCAGUUCUAUUCACUGUAUCCCUGAGCUAUAGCCGGCUGGUAGAAUAAACCCAGCAGUUCUAUUCACUAUACCCCUGAGCUAUAGCCUGCUGGUAGAAUAAACCCAGCAGUUCUAUUCACUGUAUCCCUGAGCUAUAGCCUUCUGGUAGAAUAAACCCAGCAGUUCUAUUCACUGUAUCCCCGAGCUAUAGCUGGCUGGUAGAAUAAACCCAGCAGUUCUAUUCACUGUAUCCCCGAGCUAUAGACCUCUGGUAGAACAAACCCAGCAGUUCUAUUCACUGUAUCCCUGAGCUAUAGCCGGCUGGUAGAAUAAACCCAGCAGUUCUAUUCACCGUAUCCCUGAGCUAUAGCCAGCUGGUAUGAUAAACCCAGCAGUUCUAUUCACUGUAUCCCCGAGCUAUAGCCAGCUGGUAUGAUAAACCCAGCAGUUCUAUUCACUGUAUCCCCGAGCUAUAGCCAGCUGGUAUGAUAAACCCAGCGGUUCUAUUCACUGUAUCUCCGAGCUAUAGCCGGCUGGUAGAACAAACCCAGCGGUUCUAUUCACUGUAUCCCCGAGCUAUAGCCAGCUGGUAUGAUAAACCCAGCAGUUCUAUUCACUGUAUCCCCGAGCUAUAGCCAGCUGGUAUGAUAAACCCAGCAGUUCUAUUCACUGUAUCCCCGAGCUAUAGACAGCUGGUAGAAUAAACCCGGCAGUUCUAUUCACUGUAUCCCUGAGCUAUAGACAGCUGGUAGAAUAAACCCGGCAGUUCUAUUCACCGUAUCCCCGAGCUAUAGACAGCUGGUAGAAUAAACCCAGCAGUUCUAUUCACUGUAUCCCCGAGCUAUAGCCAGCUGGUAUGAUAAACCCAGCGGUUCUAUUCACUGUAUCUCCGAGCUAUAGCCGGCUGGUAGAACAAACCCAGCGGUUCUAUUCACUGUAUCCCCGAGCUAUAGACAGCUGGUAGAACAAACCCAGCAGUUCUAUUCACUGUAUCCCCGAGCUAUAGACAGCUGGUAGAAUAAACCCGGCAGUUCUAUUCACUGUAUCCCCGAGCUAUAGCCAGCUGUUAGAACAAACCCAGCAGUUCUAUUCACUGUAUCCCCGAGCUAUAGCCGGCUGGUAGAAUAAACCCAGCAGUUCUAUUCACUGAAUCCCCGAGCUAUAGCCAGCUGGUAUGAUAAACCCAGCGGUUCUAUUCACCGUAUCCCCGAGCUAUAGCCAGCUGGUAUGAUAAACCCAGCAGUUCUAUCCACCGUAUCCCCGAGCUAUAGCCAGCUGGUAUGAUAAACCCAGCAGUUCUAUUCACUGUAUCCCCGAGCUAUAGACAGCUGGUAGAAUAAACCCGGCAGUUCUAUUCACUGUAUCCCUGAGCUAUAGACAGCUGGUAGAAUAAACCCAGCAGUUCUAUUCACUGUAUCGCUGAGCUAUAGACAGCUGGUAGAAUAAACCCGGCAGUUCUAUUCACCGUAUCCCCGAGCUAUAGACAGCUGGUAGAAUAAACCCAGCAGUUCUAUUCACCGUAUCCCCGAGCUAUAGACAGCUGGUAGAAUAAACCCGUCAGUUCUAUUCACCGUAUCCCCGAGCUAUAGACAGCUGGUAGAAUAAACCCAGCAGUUCUAUUCACCGUAUCCCCGAGCUAUAGACAGCUGGUAGAAUAAACCCGGCAGUUCUAUUCACUGUAUCCCCGAGCUAUAGCCGGCUGGUAAAAUAAACCCAGCAGUCAUAUUCACUGUAUCCCUGAGCUAUAAGUUAAUCAGAUAUUAAAUAAAUGAUUGACAAUCAGUAUUGACCCCUGUGUUCUUCCCACAGGUUAUCCUUCACCCAUGGCUGGGUACCCUUCUCCACCAUAUCCCACCCCUCCUUAUCCUGGCCCAUCAGCACCUCCUGCACCUGCAUCACCCGGUUUCCAUGACUACCCUGGUCCUGGAUGCAGCAUUCCCCCACAUCACCACAUGCAUCCCUCAAAACAUCCACAGCCAGACCCUCCAGGGGGAGCACCUUACCUGCCCGUGAGCACAGGAACUGCCACCUCUGGCCUGGCCUACUUGGAUCAGGUAAGUGUCCACACUAUAGUCAGAGGUUAAAGGGAACACAAUAUGUUUGGAUGAAUUCGAAUCUGACUGGGGGGGGGGCUCAUGUGACUAACCUAUUACACCAUCAGCAAAGCGUAUUCCUGCUAGCAUAGGGACAAUUAUCGUCAUGGAGCUUAUUGCUAGAUGUCUGAGUUGUUCACAGCUGGUUGUGGUGGUUGUGGUGUGUGCAGUGCUGACAGGUGAUUGCGGUGUGUGCAGUGCUGACAGGUGGUUGCGGUGUCUCUAUAUAGGGAUAGACGCUGUAUUUUGUGCCGGUUAGUGAGAGCUUUUUUCCUGUCGAGUACAUGGAAGGGCACUGUAAUGGAGUGCGUUCCGGUCAUGCUGUUUCCUGGAAGGACGGCUCAAUGGGCUGUCACCCCACCCUCUGCGACACCAAUAUUACACAUUCCCAGACAUUGUUCGUAAAUGGGCUCUUACUCUGUCAGCGUCUUAUUGCUCCAGACGUGGUAUGUAGAAUGCCUCCCUCCAAGCUAGCCAAACCAAGGCCUGAAUGUGUCGGCAACCAGUGUGGCUACCGGUUUAACCCAGUGCCUCCUUACUCUCUGCGUCUCUUAAGACUGUCCAGGAGUAGGGAAUUUGACUUAAUAAAUACGGUUUCGUAACAAUACAGGUGGAUGGCUUAAUGCUAGAUUUUUUUUAAACAUUUCCUUGAUUUUAGAUUCUAGUGUGGCUUGUUUUCUUUGGAGUUAGUCACUUGUUUUUAGGUUUUCUUAACAUUGGAGCUCCAUGCCUUCUUGUGAUUUUUAGUGAAAUAUUUUUGAUAUUCAGAAUAUUUCUCCAUGUGUACCUGGCCUCCUAUUUCACAUUAUGUUAAGUAUUUGGAACUGGUGCGUGACUCAUUGGGGAGGGCAUGGCAGGGUGUGUGCAGUAAAAGCCUUUCUUUUAUGGAGUUCCACCGCAGUAGUUCCUGGUCUAUUAUAAUAUAAUAUGGUAAAGUGUCUGUAAUUUGUUUAACAGAGCUUGCCGUUCUAAAUGUGUCAUUUAAUCCCAACAUUGCAAACUUUAACGGACUGUCUCAUAGAACCAGGACAAGCUGGGGGGGGCUGGGUGGCAACUUCCCGUCGGGGCACUAGUACCUCACAUACCGGUCUCUUGCUCUCUCCUAAGGACAGCACUCUACCCUCUCCUCCAGCUCUGCUUUAUUCCCACGUUAUUUGAUUGCUAGCUCCUGUCCUAGUGUGUUUUAUACCCCACCUACUAUGGACUGUAAGGAGCAGAGUCCUCUUCCACCUUGUAAAAUGAACAAAAGGGUGGAGUUUCCUGAUGUGGCCUCAGACCAGGCUAUUUAUUUUCAGUCAGACAGAACACACUAGGGAACCAUAGCCACUUCAUCUCAUGUAAGUGGUUAUAGUACCUGGAGUUCUCUGUCCAUUGGUUUGACACUGAGCCGCUGUGUUGGCUCAGGUGACACUUGCAGACCAUCACUACUACCCAGGGUUAUUAGUGCCAGCUAGGUCCAUGUACCUGGGGACCCUUAUUCAGUGCCAAACCAAUCGAAAAUAGUUGAACACUGAAUGGUUUGGCGGUGCCAGGAUUAACACUUCAAUGAAAUGAAGUGGUUAUGGUGCCUUUAAUCCUGGCGGUUGUUUAUUAUUGUGGAUACUCUAUAUCUUUCAGAAUACCGGAGAGGGGACUUUUCUAGGUGGAUGGCAUCACAUUACUGUCAUAAAACCUUUAACCCCAGUGCUUGCAUUUCAGUAUAGAAAGUCAUUUCACAAAGUAUUCACCCAGGAAUUCAUGGAGUGUUAGCAAGACGCCACAUUCUGAGAGACUGAAAAUCCAGAAUAUACACAUAGAUUAGAUUGUACCCCGCAAGAGCCUGGUACCCUGCCACCCAGGUGGUUCCUUGUAUAAACCUGGAGUUCUCUUCACCCAAAACAUUGUAUAACAUAUAUAGUGUCUGAUAUUAUAUGGCAUGUAAUAACCUGAGAAGGUUACUGCGAUAACAAUGUUUGUGUUGGAGGAAACUGUGAUAACACAUUGUUUGGGAUAACUGGCCUGGGGGUUCGUGGGGCCGCAAAGGCCAAGGUUCAAUCAUUAUGUAGCAAUAUUAUUUAGACUUAAAAUAAAAACAUUUGGACCCACACAAGCGUCUCCAAUUCCAGUGUCCCAUGUGUAGUAUUGAGGCGGUUGUAUUGCACAUGCGUUUGGUGGUCGUCAGGGCUGAACAUAGACUGCGUGCAAUGCACCAUAACCACUAAAUCACUGCUCCUGCGUAAAACCCAGCAGGACGUGGCAGUGAUAAUCCUGUCUCCUGUACGAUCCUUUUUUUUUCUGGCCUCGAUAGCAUCCCCCUCUUCUCGCCCCACCACAGCGGAUAGAGAUCCCCCAUAGACAUUACCUUGUCAUUAAUGAGUGACGGUCCUUGCAAACCCACCAUAAAAUAAACAUCAGUGUGAUGGGAGAAUGCCUUCCUAACACAUGAAAUAAAAAUCCUUCAUUGUGUGAGCAAAAUAUCUCUGACAAAGAAUCUGAGAUAUAGAUACCUGCACAUGGAUUGUCUGCGAUGCCUGUGUGCCUGUCGGGGGUCGCUGCCGUGUCUGCGAUGCCUCUGUGCCUGUCGGGGGUCGGCUGCCGUGUCUGCGAUGCCUUUGUGUCUGUCCUGGGUCGGCUGCCGUGUCAACGAUGCCUGUGUGCCUGUCCUAGGUCGGCUGCUGUGUCUGCGAUGCCUGUGUGACUGUCGGGGGUUGGCUGCCGUGUCUGCUAUGCCUGUGUGUCUGUCGGGGGUCGGCUGCCAUGUCUGCGAUGCCUGUGUGCCUGUCGGGGGUCGGCUGCCGUGUCUGCGAUGCCUGUGUGCCUGUCGGGGGUCGGCUGCAGUGUCUGCGAUGCCUGUGUGCCUGUCGGGGGUCGGCUGCAGUGUCUGCGAUGCCUGUGUGCCUGUCGGGGAUCGGCUGCCGUGUCUGCGAUGCCUGUGUGCCUGUCGGGGGUCGCUGCCGUGUCUGCGAUGCCUGUGUGCCUGUCGGGGGUCGGCUGCCGUCUGUGCGAUGCCUGUCCUGGGUCGGCUGCCUUGCCCGUCGGGGCUGAUAUCUGCUUAGCGCAGCACUUUCUAUGCCAUUUUAUGAUUGCUGAUUUUUAAUGCUUUUCAUCUAAUUGCUUUUCAGAUUGACCAAAUACUAAUUCACCAGAAAACAGAGCUGCUGGAAGGCAAGUGA